AUGGUCGACACAAAGGCGUCGAUCGUGACAGCCGCCCGCAGCGCGAGCGCUCACCUCGGCGCGAAACGACGGGCCAACCCGCACGGCACGAGACUCAGCGAGACUCAGCCACGACCAACCCAAGUGAGCCGGUCGGUCAUGCCGCUCUACGACGACGUGUCGGCACGCUCGUGGACACUGCGCAAGCCUCUCAGGCCGCCAGCACUCCAGUGGAUGAGGAGGAACCCCAAGCUCCAGGCCGCAUUCGAUAAAGCGAUCUUGGCUAUGUGCGAUAUCCAGAUAGUCACUGGUCUCGGCAUUCUCGUCAGUGGAUACGCGGACCUGAGACACGGCAUCUCAGCUUACCACUUCCUCCUGGUAGUAUUGGUUGCCUGGUUCUCUAAUCUUACUCAUAUCGCCGGUCUCACCGUUUUACGCCGAUAUCUGCACCGGAAGCCGUUCGAAAAGUGGAUUCGGCUAUCCUUAAUGAUGAUCCUGUCCGUGAUGCUUCUCACGGCGAUGGGCCCCACCAUGUUCUUCAACUGGCCUGCGUGGCAAGGAUCAGCGGGUCUCCCUGGCUCAUACGCAAUCUGCUUCUUCAGCCCUCAACGAGCAAUCGAGUGGCACUACGCCGUCGCCGACGUGGGACUCGAGGCAUCGUCCAGUUUCCAGUCCGUUCUCAUAUCGAUGCUGCUCCUCGUGUUCAGCCUCGGCAGCCGGGAGAGCAAGAAGAGCCCUGAGGAACAAAUAUAA